AUGCUGCGCGGCCUCUGGCCGUCGGGUCCAGCAGAUCAGACCACGCCCAAGGCGUCCAGCUCGCACUCCAAUGGUGCCGCCGAGCGCAACCCAUUUGACAGCAUGCAGCCUCCGGCAAUGACCAAGCAGUCUUCGCGCUCCUCACUCAACUCGUCCAUCCUCGGCACCCACCUUCCUGGUGAUCAGACACCCGGCAUGAGGACGCCCGGCGGCAUCACCUCGCACUCGGCCAUUCCUACCACCUCGAUCUCGCUUGGCGAUCCCGAUUUCACCAUGAAGCUGCCGCCCCAAAAGCAAAGAAACGAGCCCAGCCUCGCCGCUCAACCACACGCUGCAAACCAGAACGCGCCUAUCGCCGACGCCCCAGCUGCCCUCAUGUCGGAUGCAGCCCCGCCAGCAUCCUCCGCAUCAACAUCCAAUGCAGAUCAGCCACAGAGCGGCGCCAACACGCCAGCAGGCACCGGCAGCAGCAGGACACGCAACACCGCCGCGCCACGAGGUCAUCUCACCAUCAAGAUCGUCGCCGGUCGCAACUUGGCCGUGAGCAGCCCCGCCGCGCGGCCGUACGCCGUGGUGCAGUUCGACAAGAACGAGUUCAUCGGCCGCGAGCCCAUCGACGAGUAUGGCGAAGAGGCCAAGGGCGUCGCCCAGCCGCGUUCCGAGGCGGGCGAAGCGGGUCGCAGCCGCGCCAAGACCGUCACCCCCGCCGACGCGCUCGCACGGACGGGCCACAACCACAACCCCGUGUGGAAGCACGAGGUCACCUUCGACGUCACGCAGGACUCGCAGCCCAUCUACAUCAGCGUGUACGACCGCCAUUCGGAGGACGAGGGCUUCCUCGGCAUGCGCGAGAUCAAGCCCAAGCUCGUGCACAAGAUGAUGAGCGACCAAUGGUAUCCGCUCUCGUCGCGCGACGACGACGAGGGCAUGGAGAACCGACGCGGCGAGAUCCGCGUGCAGAUUUCGUACGAGCGCAUGCCUGCCAAGAAGCUCACGCCGCACGACUUUGAGUACCUCAAGCUCAUCGGACGCGGCACCUUCGGACGCGUCUUUCAGGUGCGCAAGAAGGACACCAAGCGCAUCUACGCCAUGAAGGUGCUCUCCAAGCGCGAGAUUGCACUCAAGAAGGAGGUCACGCACACGAUGGGCGAACGCAAGAUCCUCGAAAAGUCGCUCGACUGCCCCUUCCUCGUGGGACUCAAGUUCUCGUUCCAGAGCGCCACCGAGCUCUACUUUGUCACCGACUACAAGUCUGGCGGCGAGCUCUUCUGGCAUCUGCAGCGCGAGGGCCGCUUCACCGAGGAGCGUGCGCGCUUCUACAUCGCCGAGCUCGUGCUGGCGCUCGAGCAUCUGCACAAGUACGAUAUUGUCUACCGCGACCUCAAGCCCGAGAACAUCCUGCUCGACGCCACGGGCCACGUGGCGCUGUGCGACUUUGGCCUGAGCAAGCCGGAUCUGGGUGCGGGUCAGCUGACCAACACCUUCUGCGGCACCACCGAGUAUCUGGCGCCCGAGGUGCUGCUGGACGAGUCGGGCUACUCGAAGCUCGUAGACUUUUGGUCGCUGGGCGUGCUGCUGUUCGAGAUGUGCUGUGGCUGGUCGCCGUUCUAUGCGGAGGAUACGCAGCAGAUGUACCGCAACAUCUGCUUUGGCAAGAUCAAGUUCCCGCGCGGCGCGAUCGGCGACGACGGCAAGCAGUUUGUCAAGGGCCUGCUCAACCGCAAUCCGCGCCAUCGGCUGGGUGCGCAGCGCGACGCGCAGGAUCUCAAGGAACAUCCCUUCUUCAAGGACAUCGAUUUCGACGCGCUCGCCAAGAAGCUGCUUACGCCGCCGUUCAAGCCGCUCGUCGAGUCGGACGAGAGCGUGGCCAACUUUGACCCCGAGUUUACCGAGACGGAUCUGAAGGAUGUGGCGGUGAUCCCUGGGUUCGAGGGUUCGUUGACCGAGGCGGCCAAGGCGCUGCAGAACGGCGACCUGCUGUCGGAGAAGGAUGCCAACGGCAAGGGCAUGGCGAUCAACAAGGCGCGCGAGGCUGAGGAGGACGAUGCGCUGCUCACGCGCAGUGUGCAGGACAAGUUCCGCGGCUUCAGCUACAGCGGCACGUACGAGGGCAGCGUGGCGGGCAGCUUUGGCGGCCGCAGAGGCUCGGGCGGCGCGGGGCUCGCAGGUGCCAGUCUGGGCAUGAGCAGGAUGGGCGUCAACGACGACGAUGUCAUGCUCGACGACCCCGCCUUUAGGGAGCUGGAUGGCGAUGAGCCGAUGUACACCCGCUGA